AUGAGUAUUAAACUAAUGAAGCAGCGCUGGCUAGUGGAAGAAGUGGAUGACAAAAAAGAUUCAACUGAAAUAGUCGACAUGGAUGUCGAUGAAAAGGACGAAUAUGAGAUCAUUUCGGAGAUGGAAAAACCUUCAAAUUUUCUCGGACAAAGAGAUGUAGAGAAUGAAGAGCCAAAGGCGAUCGGAAUCAAUAUGCAUAGUCAGGGAAAUGUUGCGAGUUUGGAAGUGAAAAGGCCUUCCAGAUGGGAUGUCGGAGCACCAUUUUGUAUACAAUUAAAUGAUGCUUUGGCGUCGAACACAAAUGAAACCGUUGGAAAAAAAUGUACUAUUGGUUUGGAUGAGGCGCGCAAUCGAGCUUAUAACAAAACGACUAGUGAAAAUGAAAGGGAAAAGAUUUCUAUAAAUGAUGCAGAUGUAUUGAAGAGUGCCAGUAUGAUAAUAGAAGAUUGUACUAGCCAAAGUAAUAAUUGUGUUGACAUAUCGAUAGAUAAAAUAGCACUUCCAUGUGAUCCUUGUGACAUAGCUUUGCCGCCUGAGCCAUCUGAACUAAGUGAUAAUGCUAGUUGUACACUUUUAUCUCGGGCUACAGAGGAUAACUUUGCCUCCGAAGCUAUGCUGGACAAGGGAAAAGUAAUAAUUAAGUGGAAAUUCACGAAAACACCAAAAGAACUUAAUGCUGGAGAUGUGAAGAUUUGGGAACCGGAGGUUGAGUCACGCGAAUUGCCGAAAUUAUAUGCUGAAGAACAGACAAAAUCAAUGCUGAGAUAUGCGGAGAAUUCACUGGAUGUAAGAGCUGUUGCUGAAAGUUCAGAUUCUGAUACAGGCAAAAAUUCGUUACGCACCAAGUUUUUAACUCAGCAUUCUGCAGAACUUAGAGAAAUAGUCCUCCCAUCAAAGCCGAAAUCGAAUAUGCAGUUGCAAAGUAGUACUGCUUCACCAAUCGAACAGGAUCAACCAGAUUAUGUAAUACAUGAAAUGCAGUUUUUGGAAAAUCAAUGUGUAAAGAAAAAGGCGCAGAAAGCAAGUGAAGAGCAGUCAACGUCAAGCAAAAGUCUGGGAUCAAACUGCAGUAGUGUUUCAGAAAGCGUAUUACUCUGUCCAAAGUUUCAGUAUAAUAACGACUUGGAAACGAAUUCGAUAUCUUUAAUGGGUAAUGAAACUGCGAUAACUGCAGAAGCCAAUGUGCAAGGAACAGUCACAUCAUGGUUUACAAUGCAUUUUCCGCAGGAGCUUCAGUUAAAAGAAGCAAAACUACCAUCGGAAUCAGUAUCUUUUCUUCAGCAGCAAUGGAAGACGGAUGCUUACAAAAGUGAAACAAAUGGAGAAGGUGAACAAGAAUCUUCAGUAUCCUCUGUUUCAUCAGCAACAUCGAUUUCUAUGUGUUCCUAUAAUUCUACUCCCAAAACACUUCCUUCAUUGGAUCAUGGCCAUCUACGAACUGCUGAAGGACGAAAACAAAUCCUAGAAAACGUUGAUACAGUAAAUAUACCCACUGAUUCAACAGGUUUGGCAAACGAGGAAUCAUUACUACCGGAAGCUGCACUGACUUUGACUGAGAAUGAAAGGGAACUUCAUAUAUCAUCAGUACAAGUGCAGCUGAAGCCAACCAGUCAACCUGCACACUACGAACAUUUGGACGAAAAUAUUGUACUUUGUGAUGAAAGCCUAAUUAAAGAGGCUAAGGUUGUUCGUUGUUUCUGUGAACCGACGUCGGCGGAAAUAGCGGAAGGCCGUGGUUGCAGUUCCGGUUGCAUUAAUAGAGAGCUGUACACAGAAUGUGGAUCACGGUGUCCAAGUGGAGUAGGGUGCGCUAAUAGGCGGUUUCAUAAUAAACAAUAUGCGAAAGUGGAAGUAUUCAAUGCAGGUGUGAAAGGUUGGGGAUUGAGAGCUGCGGAACCACUUGAGCCUGGCCGUUUCAUUAUUGAAUACGUUGGUGAAGUUAUUGAUGCUGAGGAAAUGAUACGUCGUGGAAGAAGGUAUGGUAAAGACCCGAGACAUGUGCAUCACUAUCUUAUGGCGCUAAAGAACGGUGCUGUGAUAGAUGCAACUGCGAAAGGGAAUGUUUCACGAUUCAUAAAUCAUUCUUGUGAUCCCAAUUGUGAAAGUCAGAAGUGGACAGUUGAUCGCCAGUUGAGAGUGGGUUUCUUCGUGAUCAAGCCAAUUGCCUUGGGAGAAGAAAUCGUUUUCGACUACCAACUUGAGCGUUAUGGGCGGAAAGCACAACGAUGUUUCUGUGGCGCUGCAAAUUGCAGAGGCCGAAUAGGUGCUGAUAGUGAGGGCGAAGAAGGAGAAGAGGACAAAAUCAGUGAUGAAGCCGAAGUUGAAGAAAGUGAAACAGAUGAUGAAAUUCCAUUGGCCAAGCGCAAGUUGAAAUCAGAGAAAAAGGAAAAAAGUUCACGCAUUUCCAAAAAGAGGAAAAGGCAACCAUCAGCUCAACGCUGCAAUAAGGCAAUAGUGAAUGCUUUGUCUCGUGGACCUCCUCGAAACCGUGCUCAAGUUCGUGAUCUCGUCAGAUUAAUGGUACAAGUAGAACAGGCACCACAGCGUUCCUCUUUAAUACAAUGUAUCCGAUUUGCACAUCCUGACGUGCUACGGCUUUUUAUUCAGGAAAGUGGUCUCAGGCUUUUAUACGUAUUCUUAGCUACCGAUUACCCGAUUGAUGAUGAACAAUCUGUUCUGCAGUUGCAAAUCAAAUCACUUGAUUUGCUGGACGUUAUGCCUAUUGUGAAUAAGAAUCAAGUUAUCGAUAGUCAUUUAUCUUCAACUGUGGAAAAAAUUGCUAACAAAAGAGGUCCGGUAGAUGAAGUUGUGAAAGAUGUCGUAAGGAGAUUAGUAGAUGCACUCUGUUGUGAUAUACCUUCCACCUCCAAGUGUCCACCUUUAACACUGUCAAGAGAUCCAGAUCCUGCAGUAGAAAGUUUGCACUACGAAAUGGUUUCAAAAGCUGCGAAAUUAAUGGAAAAGUGGAGGAAUUUGCGUGAAGAAUAUCGAAUCCCACGUCGAGAACGCACAGGAUCUGUUCCUGCUCAACAUGAUAUCAGUCGUUAUGUGCGAAAGACUGACGAGGAUGAAAAAAGCAAACGAGUUAUAGUAGACAAGAAAGAUGAUGGCAGUACACUGUGGAGAUUAAAUGGAUUUGGACCACCGCCCAAAAAGCGAUGUUUUGACCGGCGUCGUUUCUCCAAACCUGAUUUACCAAUUUUCGUCAAAGACUUGACGCAUCUCGAAAACGAGGAUUUCAAGCAGUCACCAAUAACUGUGACCGACUCGUCGCGCAUUAAUGAAGAUGAUGAAAGUGAAAACAGACCGAGGAAGCGUCGUUCACGGUUUGAUAUUGUUGGUGAAAGAAAUCCAUGUUCAAUGUACGAAUUGUAUGCCACAGAUUGUGACUUCUACACUCCUCCACCGCCAAAGCUUCUUCCUGAAGCAUUAUUUGCUGCUGGUUUACCAGAUUCAAUAAAUUUUUCAUACAAUGAGCAUCCUUUUCCUGAAUUUUUCGACUGGAACACCGUAUAUGCAAAAUAUGAUCCAUCCUCCGCUGCUUACCAACAGUUCAUUGACUAUUAUCAACAACAACAGUAUCCUAUGAUGGGAAUGCUACUAACUCCGCAGAGCACGGCAGAAAUGACUAAUAUAUUAGACGCGCCCUCUCCACCACCACCAAAACUACCCAAAACACCGGAAGAAAAUCCAAACAUGCUAACAAUUGGUCCGAUCGAUAUUGAAAACCCGACAGACGAAGAUAUCGAAAUGCUUGAGAAACAUUUGGUAGCGCUCAAGGUAAAACGAGCAGAAAUCAGAAAACGUUUGCAGGAGGCACAAAAAAGGGCUGCACAGGAAUCAAAUUACGUGAGUGAUGUGCCACCACCUCCUCCACCUUCGCAAACUAAGCAAUCUUUGUGGAUACAGGCUACGACGGAGGAGGGCACUGUUUAUUAUUACAAUAAAGAAACCAGGGAAUCCGUCUGGACUUUGCCCGAUGAAUUUGAAGGUGGAAAUGCUUCGGCUGACACUACAACUGAUCGUAUUGAUACGCGUGCGACAUUCAAAGUUGAGAUAGUGAAAUAUGUUGGCGGCAUGUUAGAGCCAAUUCGAAAGCUGAAAUUUGCAUCAGCUGAUGAUUACAAAUAUGUCUUACGGAAAUUGACGCACACGAUAUUAGAGAAAGAAUUGAAACGAGUCGGUGAAACAGAGCUUAAAGUCACAGAAUCAGUACGAGAUAAAGCACGGAAGUUCGUGGCGGAAUAUUUGGCACGGCUUGGUGAUGGCCAGUACUCACGAAAAAAUAAAGUUCAUAACUCAUACUGA